GUCAACGACUGAAUUUUCGGACGCCCACAUUUUCGGACAUGCCCGAUAUUUCGGACGUCUUCGCGGCACCGCCACGAGCCCCAUAGAAUCAAUGUAUAAGGACAUCUGAAGUUUCGGACGCUCGAACCCCCCGCCGUCCAAUUUUCCGGACUUUUUGACGCGACGGAAGGUCCUUUGGCUCCUCGCGUAGCGCCCUCGCGAAGGAAAUCGACUUGCAGCCGAAGCAUAUCACCGCUUUGAACCACAACUAGCCGAAUCUAGCCGUCACACACCAAUGUGGUCUGGCCACGCUGGCUAUGUUCAUCGCCGCACUUCCGCCUCCGGCGGAGUUUCCAGAGCGGCGCCAUUUCGUUUGUUUGCGGGUCACGUUUUGGCUGGCGUAGUGUGUGGUUGUGCUGUUGUGCUCUGCGACGCUAGGCCUAGGUGCUUCGACGCUCGUCAGCGAACUCCACUGUUCAAAUUGAGGACUUCGCUUGCCUUCGAUGGCCCCCACUCCGUCUUCGUCGUCCUCGCCGAUGGCAUCGAAGCGCGGAAAACAAUACCGUCGGUUAACGAUGAAGAAGAAAGCAGCCAUUAUAAAACAAGUCGUGAGCGGCCGAUCGCAGGCUGACGUGAGCAAGGAGUUCGGAAUUUCUAAGCAAACAGUUUCGGAUUUCCUCAAGAACAAGGACAAGAUCUUGGAAGCGGCCGAAAAACCAUCUGGUGCCCAAAAAAAGAAUGCAAGCCAAGGUGUUCAUCCAAAGCUUGAGGAAGCUCUCGUCGUGUGGCUUAAUUCGAUGACAGCAAAGCGGUUGCCGGUCUCGGGCUGCAUCUUGAAAGAAAAAGCGGAAACUCUCGCGGUUCAAAUGAACAUUGAGGAUUUUAAAUUUAGUGAUGGAUGGUUGAGGAACUUUAAACAUCGGAAUGACCUCAAGUUCAAGAAGAUGUGCGGCGAGAGCGGCGCCGUCGACAGUGCAGUUAUUGAGCAGUACCGCAACGGAAAACUACAGUCAUUGUUGCAGCAGUUCUCUGCUGACAACGUUUUCAACUGCGACGAAACUGGUUUGUUUUAUAAGAUGUUGCCAGAAAGAACGCUCGCUUUUGCUGGUGACCCAUGCCAUGGUGGCAAGCACAGUAAAGAACGGCUGACCGUUCUUGUCGGCAGCAACAUGUCUGGCAGCGAGAAGCUUCCCUUGUUGGUAAUCGGGAAGUCAAAGAACCCGAGGUGCUUUAAAGGGGCAACGCUGCCAGUGUUGUACGAAGCCAACAAAAAGGCAUGGGUGACUCAGCAGUUGUUCGAAAGUUACGUCCGCAGGUUGGACAGGAAGUUUGAGCUUCAGAACAGACGUGUCGUGCUCUGCAUUGACAACUGCGCCGCUCAUGGUCACAUCAAGAAUUUGAAGGCUGUCCAGCUGGAAUUCAUGCCACCCAACACGACUGCAGUCCUCCAACCAAUGGACCAAGGCGUCAUCCGCAAUUUGAAACUUUUGUACCGUUCGCGGGUGCUAAACCGCAUGGUGCUGUGUGCGGAAAACGCCAAAGGCUACAACGUUGACCUUCGGUCUGCUGUUGGAAUGCUUGCGGACGCAUGGAAGGCAGUGACGCAAGACACGAUCCGCAACUGUUUUCGUCACGCGGGCUUCGUACUCGCCACAGAAGAACCAGACUUGCCUGAAAGCAACAACACUAUUGACGUGUGCCCGCCCAUGGACGACGUGAUCAACGACCUCCGCUCUGCUGGGGUUUCCAUACCCACAGAAAUAACUUUUAAACAGUUUGUUGAUGCAGACAAUGAGCUCGACUUCUGCGCAGAACUGACUGACGAGGAAAUAGUCCGUCAGGUUGUGGGGGAUUCAGAAGACUCCGAUGUUGAAAAUGAGGAGCCAAUGCCUGCGCCGCCUACAAGCGCCGAGUUGACGCGAGCACUGUUGACUCUUUCAUCGGUAUACAGUGCUGACAUGACCCUUGCACAGAUCGAGGCGAAUAUGAUCGCAUGCAACCGGAACGCCGUCCAAACAACAAUCGGCAAGUUCUUCAAGCCACUGCAGCAAUAACACCGGCUGCCCGACGAUGCAUAUGUAUAUAAUAAAAAACGGCAGUCGGCUGCAUACAGAGUUU